AUGACUAGCACUUUGUUAUCUCAUCUACUGCUAUACAUCUGUUUCCUGAGCCUCGUCACUGCCCGGAAUGAGAAGCAUAUAUCAACCGACCUAUUCAACUCCCUGGAAGAGUUAUCCCGGCUCGUAGACAUUUCAUACUGCGUCGGAACAACGGGAGUACAGCAACCAUUCCAGUGCCUCAGCCGCUGCGACGAGUUCCCAGAUCUAGAACUAGUAACUACCUGGAAUACGGGCGUUCUCCUCUCUGACUCAUGCGGCUACAUAGCCCUCUCCCACACCCCCACCGCCAAACAAAUCAUCCUCGCCUUCCGCGGCACCUACUCCAUCACAAACACCAUAAUCGACCUCUCCGCCUAUCCCCAAGCCUACAUCCCCUACCCAGAUCCGGAAGAAAAAUCCACCACAACCCUUAUUCCCGCAGAUCCCCACUGCGAAAACUGCACCGUCCACGCGGGCUUCAUGCGCUCAUGGCUUCACACCAGAACAGAAAUCCUUCCAGCCGUCACCACCCUGCGCCAAAACUACCCCGAUUACGCCGUAACGCUAGUCGGCCAUUCCCUUGGCGGCGCGGUCGCAGCACUAGCAGGACUGGAGAUGCGUCUCACGGGCUGGGAUGCGACGGUGACGACGUUCGGGGAGCCGAUGAUCGGGAACGGGGCGUUUGCGGCAUUCCUCGAUGAGCAAUUCGGGCUCGUGGAUGGGAUGUCGAUUCCCUCGCUUGAAGGGGGUCAGCGGUUCCGUCGUGUCACGCAUUUCGGGGAUCCGGUUCCUAGGCUGCCGCUUGCUGAGUGGGGAUAUAGUCCUCAUUCUGGGGAGGUUUUUAUCAUGAGGGAGGGAUUGCCACCACGGAGGGCGGAUGUGGUUCAUUGUGCUGGUGCGGAGGAUUCAGGAUGUAUUGCGGGCGGCGGGGCGGAGGGGGCUUUGGCUGAAUUAUAUCGGGAUUUGAAUGUUCCUGUUGGACUGGCCGGGUCUGGUUCUGGUGGGGAGGCGUGUCUGUCGAGUGGGCGUGAUGGGGGUCGUAGAGAUGUUUCUGAGGAGCAGGCGGUCUUGGGAUUUGAGAGUCCGGAUAUUGCUGAUUGUGAGGAUGGAUUAUCGCCUCUCCGGUGGGAUUGGUCUCUUAUACCGGCGAGGUAUCGGCUUUGGGAGCUGUUUUAUGCUCAUCGAGAUUAUUUUUGGCGAAUUGGUCUUUGUGUUCCUGGGGGAGAUCCAACUGGGUAG